AUGUUUGAGACAACAGGUCACUGGGUGUCCUCUGCUGAUCUCUCAAGACCUGGGACAUCUCUGGCGGACAUCAACAAGACCUUGCAGAAACGACUGCAGGGCCUGAAGGUCCGAAAUCUCAACAGCCGUGGCAAGUCCCGUGGAGACGCACAUAAAGCCAGGUGCCGGCUGACUCCCCUGGUGAAGCAGAAAACAUCACGUGCAGAGACCGCUGGGAGCGUUCCAGGUGAGAAAGUGAUUUCCAGGCCUUGUAGCCAAUCCCUUCCGGGUUUGAAGCUCAGCAGCGAAUCUCUGUUCAUGCAGGAAAGCAUUGGGCGCCAGCCGUUGGGCUUUGCCCUAGAGACUUGGCUCGUGGAAGUGCUGUGGAAUCAGCCAAUGGCGGCCGCCAGUAGCGCCCCGAACUCUUUGGAGACCGCCACCUUGAAAUCCUCCAUGACGCAUGCCUAUUUGACCAGCAAAUUCCAGGUUGGGUCUGCCAAGAGCGACAAGAUCAACUACACCUUGGCACAGAAGGUGUUCCACAGCGGCGAUGUGCCGCACGAGGUGUUGGAUUCCAAACGAGCAGUGCAGAAAAAGAAGCAGCCGAAUAUCCUGGGCACCGAGAAAAGGGAUUGGAACUCCUCCACCAUUGCGGACCAGAAGAUCCAGAAAGAUAUGCACAAGGUGACGCUGGAAGAUUUGGAGCUGCCUCCCCGCCGUGAACGUCCCAGUGCCGCCACACCCGUGAGCCAACUGCUGGGCCCUGCAGCUGCCACUGGCACAGCACCGGGAAACGGGCCGCCAGGUGCAGCCCGGCCGAAGAUGACUGAGGAGUUGUUGCCGGGAGCCGAAGCCAGGGGACAGCGGGCAUUCCAGGAAGAUGGAUUGGUGGGAACUGAGGGGCAACAACUGCAGUUGUUGGCAUAUUAUGCUGAGCUUUGUGAGGAUUUUCGACACUACCAGAGGAUAACCAGAGAGGAGGGAGGUCCUUUACAGGCUGAUGGAGCUCAACUGCUUCUGUUGAACGGGCCUCCUGGGACAGGCAAGACGCGACAUGCUGUCAGCUUUGCGAGGGCCUUGGGUUUGCCACUGCUGGCCAUGAACCCAACACAGCUUGGAACCAAUGGACAAGUCUCAAGUGCUUGGGCUUCAUCUAUUCGACAGGAGAUCAGUGGCCGCGAUUGCAUCUUAUUUUUGGAUGAAAUUGAUCAGUUCGCCAAAGAUGAGGCCUUUGCCUCGGGUCUACGGCAAUUCUUGGAUGGUGUGUGUCAACCCUCCGGCAGUAAAGUGCUGGUGGUGGGGACCACCAAUCGGAUCGACCGAUUGCAUGCGGACGUGCGGCACAGGGCUGAGCUGGUGAACUUUGAGCGACCGGAGAGGCUGCAUCUGGAGGCGAUGUGGAAGAGCUAUGCUAAGCAUUUGAACGAGGAGGAGCUGUCUCAUUUGGCUGGUUCCAGCAUGCUGCAGAAGGCCACUGGUCGGGAUGUAAAGCACUGUGCUUCCCUGUGCGAGCGUGAGACCGCAAUCGCCUAUUUGAAUGAGCAACAAGCCUUGGGCUACUGUCAUGGUGCAGCUUUAUCCAAUUGUCCCGGGCCCAAGGUGCCUUUGUCUGGCAGCCAUGAGUUUUGUGGAUUUUUUCUCGGGAAUCUGCUGAAGUUGUAUCCAGAUGUGGGCAUUGAUUUUUCUGCGAGCAUCUGCGCUUGGAGAAUGGUGCUGGAAGACGCUGACGAAGGUGAGGAUCUGAAACGGCACCUUCUUGAGAUCCGCGCCGGGAUUCACGAUGAGAAGAUCCUGAAGCCUUGCAAGGCCCAUAGCGAUGAGCAAAUCAUCGAACGCUACAAGUUCGUUGUGGCUAUGACAGGGCAAGGCCCUAUUGGCAAACUGUCAGGCAAGUGGUUCAAUGCCAUUGAUGAGCGUGGUCUUCCUGCCCACUGUGUGGCUGAUCAUUGGAAUGAUUGGAAUGCGUCCUACAGCACGCACACCAAGGACGAUAUCCAGCAGGCCCAUGCAGUAGUGCAGCAGAAGGACGAUCGUCGGAAGCGUAUGAUGACCAAGGACAACAAGGUCAACAGCGAAGCCUAUGUGAAUCCUACCCAGGCCAUUGCCAACAUGAACGACCGCCUGCGAGAAAGAAAGAUUGACUUCCAAGACUUGAAGGUCCAGUUCAAAAGGGAACUGAAAGUGGAAUUCCCACAAGCCUCAGAAGAGCGUCUUCAAGCAAUGGCCCAGCGGUUGCUGAACGAGAAGCUGCUUGCCGAUGAGAAGAUGGCGAGGUUUCCUGUGCAGCAUGAAAGUUUCCGGCCAAAUCUCUCAUUGACAACCCAGGACCGAAGAUACAAGGAGUUUUAUCAUCCUGGCACAUUUGUCUGGCACGAAGCGGAAAAGCGUGAGGCCUGGACGUGUUGCAUGAACUUCGGACAUGAGAGCCGUGGCUGCGAGUUCAAGGUGGUGAAUCCGGACACCUGGUGCUAUCAAGGCUUUGAGCGCCUGACAACUUGGAGCUGGAGUGAUGAGACCAAUCCCUUUGUGGCGCCGCAGUGCCCUCAUGAACUUCUCGUUCAGGAGUUUGGCCAGCGGCAUCCAGCGCGUCGCAGUCGCUCGCGGCUCACAGUGUCAAGUUUGACGUUACCCUCCCAGGAGAGUUUCAUCCUCCAAGAUCCUGACGACGAGGAGGUCAUCGAAGCCCUGGCAGAAGAACCCUUCGUGGAUGACUACCUGGAGCGGAUCUUUCCCACGAACUACAGCCUCUGUACUCAUUCUCCAGUCAACUCCAAGAUUCUACCUAUACCGCAGGGAUCUAGGGUCUCUUCUGCUCACACGGUGGCAUCUUCAAGAUAUCAAGGUGGCGAUCUGAAGGCUCAGUUCAAAGGCCUUGGCGCGCAGAAUGUCAGAUUGGAUUAUCACCUCUGCGAUGCUCGAAGUGUCACCAGAUAUGGUGAGGUUCAGCACAACCAAGCGAGCAUUCGAUGCUGGGAGCCCAACCUUCAUCCCUGCCCUUGGGAGGUCUCGGUUGAUGGCGAUUGGUAUUGGCUGUCCACGAAAAACUUGGGAGAUUUAGAGUUGGCCAGCUUGGGACCUUAG